AUGUUGAAAUGCAGAAGUGUACAAGUCUUACAAGGUGACAUGAACUGGAUUAUGAUAACGCUUUUCAUUAUACUUGCCAACGCAAUUACUGUUGUAAACGGUUACGUUCGCGGAUGUUACUACACAAAUUGGGCUCAAUAUCGACAAGGAGAAGGCAAAUUCUUGCCGGAAGAUAUCCCAAUAGGCCUGUGCACUCACAUUCUUUAUGCAUUCGCCAAAGUUGACGAGAAAGGCACAUCAAUGGCAUUUGAAUGGAAUGACGAAGAUACCGAAUGGUCAAAAGGGAUGUACUCACGUGUAAUAAAACUGAGAGAGAACGAUCCAACACUGAAAAUCCUUCUUUCUUAUGGUGGCUAUAACUUCGGAUCGUCAACUUUUACU